AAGUUUGUUUGGAUUUUUAUUUUAGUUGUGUACGUCCGUCCAUUAGUCUGAAUUUGGAUCCGAAAUCUAACUUUUAUUGUCUUUUCUGUCGUGUUAGUCGUCUUUUAGAUUGUAUUAUGUGGAAAAUUCUUUGAUGUCUUUUGAAUGCUUGCGAUUGAAGAAUAUAAUUAUUUGGAAAUAAAUAUUUUUUCUGGGGGCUUAAGCCCAUAGUUUUAUGUGUGAAAGUUUUGAAAUAAUUUAACCUCAAACUACAUUUUCAAGCUAUGACCAGCAUAACGUCUCCAUCCGUUGAACUAAGUUCUUAUAGAGAUCAACACUUUAAGGGGUCAAGGGGUGAACAAGAGCGUUUGCUGCGUGUCUCAACCACCUUGUAUGUGGGCAACUUGUCAUUUUAUACAACAGAGGAGCAAAUCUAUGAGUUAUUCUCAAAAUGUGGAGAUAUCAAACGGAUUGUUAUGGGACUAGACAAGUACAAGAAAACCCCUUGUGGUUUCUGUUUUGUAGAGUACUACACAAGAGCAGAUGCAGAGAACUGCAUGAGGUAUGUGAAUGGGACAAGGCUAGAUGACCGCAUUGUAAGGACAGAUUGGGAUGCAGGCUUUAUUGAAGGCCGACAAUAUGGGCGAGGAAAGACUGGUGGACAGGUGCGUGAUGAGUACCGUACAGACUUUGAUGGAGGUCGAGGCGGGUAUGGGAAGAUAAUUCAACAAAAAGUUGGAACUCCAGACGCCGGAGUAUUUCGCUGAGUCUUUUUCUACUUGACACCAACUUAGGUUAAAGAAUAAAGUGUAUUUUGUCAAUACAAUGUCGUCAUAAGAUUAAGUGUAAUUUUAUUCAUUACUGUGAAUUAUAAAUCUUAUUUUAUA